CUCAAAGGAUGACCCAACAGGUUUCAGAACAUCUAGUAGAUGGUAUUACCAAGGAGCUGGACUAAACCAAAUCCCAUGUACCAAUUUCAAUUGGCUUUUCUUCUAAAGCAUGAUAAGGUUCCAUUGUUCUUCAUGGCUGCCUUUUCCAUCUUAUUCCUUCUUCAGACUGAAGCUGGAUGACCCAGUAUCGUUGCAGAAUAUAAAGUUCUAUUCCAUGGAACAUGACGGAGGCUCCAUUUUCCUCUUACCGGUCGCUAAAGAGAUUCUCCAAGUUCAUCGGAAAGUGGUGGCACACUUAGAGACGGACCUGGGGAUUGAGGUGGAGAGCGUGGCCAUCCGCAAAAUGAAAUAUUCCUUCCAGAUCUGGUCAGCUAUGAUGUCUUCCAAGAGCAGUAAUAAUCAGGAAAAUCAAACCUUCACUGAUUUGCUUGGAGACCAUGGAAAACCAGUAUGGCCAUCAUGGGAACUGGUGAAAUGGAUGAUGAGGCUCUCUUCUCACACGUUUCCAGCCAUUGGUAAGACCCCGGGGCAGUUCUUAAUAUUGGUACUUUGCCGCUUCUAUUUUUUAAAGGAUUUGCCCUAGGUAGGAUGUUGAUUAGAGGAGAAGACUUCCAACAUCCCUUCUAAGCCUAGAAUUC